AUGGGGGGAGGAGGCCCGAGGCCGAACUGGUGCUACUUCAACGCCAGCUUCAGGCCAGGCAUCUUUAGAGCCAGAUCCAGACGAAGGGUGGUGUUCCCACUGGCUGUUACCGCCGGCCUCGGUGCUGAACAGCUGGCUGCUCUGCUGCGGGACUGCCAGCCAGCAACCUUUGGCCGCGCCGGCGAGGAUGUGUUCGACGAGGACUACCGCAAGGCGUCCAAGCUGGAUGUCUCAGCCUUCUCCAGCAGCCUCUGUCCAUAUGGGUUGGGUAUCGUCGACACCGUCGCCGAGAUGCUCAUGCCGAGUGAUUACAUGGCGGGCGGGUCACGCGGCGUCAAGGCCGAGCUGUACAAGCUGAACGUCUACUCCGGUCCGUCCGGUCACUUCAAAGCGCAUGUUGACACGCCACGAUCCGAGCAGCAAUUCGGCUCACUAGUCUUGUGCCUGCCAACUGUACACGUUGGGGGUGCGCUGGUUGUACGCCAUAGCGGACAGACUAUCAGGCACGACUGGGAUAUUGGCACGGGCCUGAACGGGGGAGACGCCGGUCCCCCGGCUCUGCAGUGGGCGGCCUUCUAUUCAGACUGCGAGCACGAGGUGUUGGAGGUCACAGCUGGCCAUCGCGUCACUCUGACGUAUAACCUAUACUCGGUGCCACAGCGUGUCGAUGUUAAGGGCAAGACCGAAAGCAUGGACGUCGUCCGUCUGCCGCUGUACGGCGCCCUACGCGACGCCAUCGGUAACCCCCUGUUCCUUACCACGGGCAGUAUCGUCGGAUACUAUUGCCGCCAUGCAUAUCCACACUCGGUCAAGAGCCAGAAGAACGCACCGCUCUUCCCGUCAGUCUUGAAGGGUGUGGACCUGUCUUUCUACAAAGUACUAACAGUGCUUGGCAUGAAAGUAUCGGUGCGGCAGGCUCUGUCACCUGAAAAAAAAUAUUUGAAGCGUUACGAAUACUUCAAGAACAAAGCUUCGGCCAACCAGGGUACCGUUGCCGAUCCGAUGAAGGCCCUGGUAACAGAGUCAUACGUAUCGAAAAUCUCGGACGUUAAAAUAACCCGUGCUGGCGGCAACGAAUCUCAUACCGAGGAAGAUGUCCUAAAAGUCUUCGGUGUCUGCCAUAAUAUUUUCUGGAUCAACCAGUCACACCCUAGCGCCCAGCAGAAGGGAUUUGUACAUCUUACGUAUGGAAAUGGGGCUGGGAUCAACCAUUUGUACACGUCUGUGGUGAUGCUUUUCAAGGUUAAGGAGUGGGAGGGGGAAAAGCGAACAGUUACCGCUAUGUAG